GAAACUGGACGAGUCGCUUGUAAAGAAACUGAAGAUAACACUAUUGAGCCUCAAUGCAGUGCUUAAUGACGCGGAGGAGAAGCAGUUCACGAACACUUACGUCAAAGAGUGGCUUGAUGAGCUUCAAGAUGCUGUCUUUGAUGCGGAUGACCUUCUGGAUGAGGUCAAUGCUGAAGUUCUGCGAUGCAAGGUGGAAGCUGAAUAUCGAACUGUCAAAACUCAGGUGUGGAACUUCCUCUCUACUUCUCUUAAUCCUUUUUAUCAAGGCAUGAAUGGUAGGAUUCAAGAGUUGUUUGAUAGAUUAGAACACCUCGCAAAACAAAAGGAUUUCCUUGGGCUGAGAGAAGGUGUUGUUGGGGGGAAGGUUUCUCAAAGAACUCCAACAACUUCCUUGGUGGAUGAAUCUUGUGUGUAUGGUAGGGAUGGAGAUAAAGAAAAGCUGAUGAAACUGUUGUUAUCUGAUGAUGCAAGCGACAAGGAUGUCUCCGUCAUCACCAUAGUGGGAAUGGGCGGGGUUGGCAAGACAACCCUCGCUCAGCUCCUUUAUAAUGAUGAAAAAGUGAAAGAGCAUUUUAAUCUUAGAACCUGGGCUUAUGUUUCGGAAGCUUUUGAUGUUACUAGGGUAACUAAGUCCCUACUUGAGUCAGUCAGUUCAAAAGCUUACGAUAAUAAAGACCUGAGUUUUCUUCAAGUUGAGCUAGGACAACAAAUAAAGGGCAAGAAAUUUCUGUUUGUGUUGGAUGACCUUUGGAAUGAGAACUAUGGUGAUUUGAGUCUCUUGCAACGUCCUUUUGCAUCCGGGGCAAAGGGAAGUUGGGUCAUCGUGACAACACGUAACGAAAGUGUUGCAUCUCUCGUGCGCACCAUUCCGAUUCACUUUUUGAAACCCUUGUCUGAUGAGGAUUGCUGGUUGUUACUUUCAAAACACGCCUUCGAAAAUGGAAACUCAAGUGCACAUCUAGAUCUGGAAGAAGUUGGUAAGAAAAUUGCUUCUGAGUGCAAUGGUUUACCUUUAGCAGCAGAAACCCUUGGAGGCCUCUUGCGUUUCAACACAAAUUAUGAGCAAUGGAAUAGCAUACUAAAUAGCAAUAUUUGGGAGCUGCCUCCUGAAAAAUGUAAUACAAUUCCAGCUCUAAGAUUGAGUUACCAUUAUCUCCCAACUGAUUUAAAACGAUGUUUUGCUUAUUGCUCAAUUUUUCCGAAGGGCUUUGAAUUCCGAAAGGAAGAUAUUGUUCUACUGUGGGUGGCAGAAAGUUUAAUUCCACAAGCUGAGAGUGAGAAAAGUAUGGAAGAGCUCACUAAGAAAUACUUUGAUGACUUAUUGUCACGAUCAUUUUUUCAAAGAUCAACAAAUGAGAAGUUCACAAUGCAUGAUCUCAUCAAUGACUUGGCCAUGUCUGUGUCAAAGGAAUCCUGUUUGAGAUGGAAAGGGGGCGAAUCACAUGAAGUUUUGAAAAAAGUUCGGCAUUUGUCAUAUGCUAUAGGCCAAUUUGAUUGUGCUGCGAAAUUUGAGCCAUUAUAUGAGGUUAAGCAUUUGCGAACCUUCCUACCUCUAAGAAGCAAAGAAUGGUGGUUUGAGCAUCAUGUAAUAAGUAAAAGGGUUUUACCUGAGUUAUUGCCAAAUUUAACAUGUUUACGGGUGCUAACAUUGUCAGAAUAUGAUAAUAUUGUUGAGUUACCCAAUUCUAUUGGUAACCUCGUUCAUUUGCGCUACUUGGAUCUCUCUAAUACCGGAAUCAAAAGGUUACCUUCUAUAGUUUGCACUCUUUAUAGUCUACAAACAUUACUAUUGGCAAGUUGUCGGUCUCUUUUUGAAUUGCCUGCAGACAUGAGAAAAUUGAUUAACUUGAGGCAUCUUGAUUGUAGUGGAACUCAAAUUGAAGAGAUGCCGGUGCAAAUGGGUAGACUAAAAAGUUUGAGAACAUUGACUACUUUUGUUGUGGGGAAAUCUACUGGGUUGACUAUUGGCGAAUUGGGGGAGUUCUCCCAUCUUGGAGGAAAGCUUUCAAUUUUGAAGCUAAAUAAUGUGGUUGAUGGUAGGGAUGCCUUGCAAGCUAAUUUGAAGAACAAACAAGAUCUCAAGGAGUUAGAGUUGGCAUGGGGCUCCAAAGAUGCCGAUCAUUCCGAAAAGGUGAGAGAUGUGCUUGACAACCUCCAACCUUGCAUGAAUUUGGAGAAAUUGGCCAUCAAACUCUAUAGCGGGACCAGCUUCCCAAACUGGUUGGGAGACUCUGCCUUCAAUAAAAUAAAAGUUAUGCGCCUCGAAGGCUGUCAUUAUUGCUUCAAGUUGCCACCGCUUGGACAGCUACCUGCUCUUAAGGAUCUCUUCAUAUCCAUUUCAGUCAUUUCAAUCACUGGAGAAGCUGGAGUUUGA